AUGGAUCCAUAUGAACACAAAAGCGAAAGAUUUACAUGCAAAGCUUCCAUAGCUGACUAUGAUCUUCAUAGAGGAUGGUGGUAUCAAAGCUGCCCUUUAUGCACAAAAUCAUUGCCUGACAAAGGCACAAUUUUUAGAUGCAUUGAACACAAUGAAGUAACGCCGGUUCCAUGGUUUAAAGUUGAUUGUAUUGUGACUGAUGGCAAUGAUGUUGCAACAUUUCUAAUGGUUGGAAAAACUGCUGAAAACUUCUUUGGCUCCUCUGCCCAUUGCUAUCUCUAUGACAAAGGGUUUAUUAAUUGCAUCCCACCUCCGAUGAUUGAAAAGUUAAACAAGGACAAGAUUUUCCAGCUGAGGUUUGGAGCUUUUCGCUCAGUUGUUAACCGUUGUGACAUCAUUGUUACCAAUGUUUUUGACGACAUUGUAACUGUUGAGGCUCCCCCCUUGCCUGAUGAACCAGAGCUGCAUAUUAUUGAUGUUCCUCUUAAUAAUCAAGCAUCUUCAUCAUCCUCUAAAGUUGCCUCUCCAUUAGACCCAACAACACCAACACCUGUUCCACCAUCUAAAACUAAUGCUAAUUUCUCACAACAGCUACAAAUGUCCCCAGAGCAACCAUAUAUGGUUGGUCCUUUUCCAUCACAGGCCAAAAGACAGUUGCUAUUUGAAGAUGAAACGCCUAUUCAAAGCUCUGCAAUAGCUGUUGUGGCUGAUCCUCAAGCUGGAUUCACACCACUUGACCGUGAUACAUCAACCAUCGCUGAGGCAAAUGAUCCACCAAGCAAACGCCAACGCCCUUUCAAACAACACCGUGAUUAG